AUGGGCCGCAACCAGAUCAAGAAAAAGAUUGCUCUCAAGCCCAAGAAAGUGGAGCAGGCCUCUUCUGGACCUUCAAUCCCAUCACUUUUGGAAAAAGCGCAAUCUCUCAUUGUACAAUGCGACUACGAACUCGCUCAUCGUUUCAUUACCCGGAUUCUGGAGAAGGACCCUUCUAAUAUUACUGCCAAAGAAAUGCUUGGCGUUGUACAACUCGAGACCGGCGACAUCGCUGCUGCGCGAACGACAUUUACUGCAUUGCUCUCACCUAAUUCCUCACCGCCACCACCUUCAGCGCAUUUAUAUCUGGCCCAAUUAUGCGAAGAUGAGCCGCAAGAGGCUUUGCAACACUACCAGGCUGCGAUCGAGAUACUGAUGGUGCAAUUGAAGGGAAAAGAACGCGCUCAAGACUUACCUGUGGACGACGAGGCUGAAGUAAAGGGCAAUAUUGUCCGCGCGUUAAUUGGCCAAGUGGAAAUAUGGAUGGAUCCAUCUUACGAUCUUUGCUUCGAUCCAGCAGCAGAGAAAACAUGCGAGGAUUUGUUAGCUACGGCACUACAAACCGAUCCUGGUAAUGCCGAAGCUCUCCAGGCACUUGCCUCUGUCCGCAUGUCCCAACAACGACCAGAAGAGGCAAAGGAAUGCUUAGAGCAAGCCUGGUCAGCAUGGAAGGAUCUCGAUGCUGACGACCCGAAACUCCCGCCGAUAUCAACGCGGCUUGCUAUUGUCAAGCUUUUCCUAGAGCUUGAUCUACACUCCCAAGCCCUCCUUGUUUUACAUGGAAUCAUGGCAUCUGAUGACCAGGAAGUGGAAGCCUGGUAUCUUGAAGCCUGGUGCUUCUUUCUCAUGUCGGAGCAAGCGAAAGAGAAAGGGGAUGAGAUCUCAUGGAGAGAGCUCGCAACAGACGCGCGAGACUCUCUCGGGACAUGUCAAAUGCUGCAUGAAACAGAAGGCCACCCCGAUACUCCACUGUUAGAUCAUGUGAAGGAACUCAUAUCAAAACUAGACGCCCUUGGUAUAAAACCAUCUCCAUCUAGGGAAGGGGGUGAAGAUGGGGAAGACGAGGGGGAGUGGGAGGAUGAGGAUGAGGAUGAGGAUGAGGACGAGGACGAGGAUGUCGAGAUGGCAUAG